GCGCGGCGGCUGCGGUAACUUGCACCGCAGCUCGAGUUCCCGCCAGGGGUCGGCUGGAGGCGGAGCUCGGCCCCUCCGUCCGCUUGCACCGCAGCGUCGACCCUGCCCGGUGCAGCCUCGCGGCCGCCCUCGAUAGAAGACUCGGACCCUGGUUCCCUUCUUGUCAGAGACAUGUCUGCUCCAGCUCAGCCACCCGCCGAAGGGGCGGAGGGGGCUGCCCCCGGCGGGGGUCCUCCUGGCCCCCCUCCGAAUCUCACCAGUAACCGGCGACUACAGCAAACCCAGGCACAGGUGGAAGAGGUGGUGGACAUCAUGCGCGUCAACGUAGACAAGGUCCUGGAGAGAGACCAGAAACUGUCAGAGCUGGAUGACCGGGCCGACGCUUUGCAGGCGGGAGCAUCACAAUUCGAGAGCAGCGCCGCCAAGCUAAAGAGGAAGUAUUGGUGGAAAAACUGCAAGAUGAUGAUCAUGCUGGGGGCCAUCUGUGCCAUCAUCGUGGUAGUUAUUGUAAUCUACUUUUUUACUUGAGAAUGUGCCCUCGUCCACCCCUCCCCGUGCUGUCCAGACUCCCGUCCCUCUGU